CCUAGAAAGCGAUUGUAACAACCAGAAGCCCGGAGAGCGGAGCUAGGCAAAGCGGGCGUUGAGAUUAACGCGCCGGGGAGAAAGUAAAAGAAUCUUGGGAGGCUGAACGUUCCAAAGAAGUUACAUUCCAGGGUGGGAGGCAGCCCUUUAUGCAAACGGCUGCCCGAGAGCUCGCACUUUCUCACGGAGGCGGUGGAUCUUGCCGCCCUUCUUGGAAGGGGGGCGAAGAGGAGAAGGAGGAGAAAGACCGGGGGGGGUUUUUUUAAGAGGGGGCAAAGAAAAUGAAUCGGAGUUUUAAUAAAUCGCAGAGUCUGCGGUAUUUCGGUUACAGUGCGGUGGAAGUAAAAAGCAAGUUUGGAGCAGAAUUUCGACGAUUUUCUCUGGAUCGUUUCAAGCCAGGAAAAUUCGAAGAUUUCUACAAACUUCUCCUUCACAUCCACCAUAUUUCCAACAUGGCGGUAAUGAUAGGCUACGCUGACAUCCAUGGGGAUCUUCUUCCCAUUAAUAAUGAUGACAACUUCUUCAAGGCUGUUUCCAGCGCAAACCCAUUGCUUAGGAUUUUUAUCCAAAAACAAGACGAAGCGGAUUAUGGAAAUUUUGGUUCAAACACCUUAACAAGGAAAAAAAAGGCUCUGGUGGCCCUCCGGAAUGACAACCUUCGCCGGCGUCCUCAUGUUAAUAUCAGCAUGCCUCAAGACUUCAGACCAGUAUCUUCCAUCAUUGAUGUGGAUAUUCUGCCUGAAACUCAUAGAAGAGUACGACUGUAUCGCCACGGGUGUGAGAAACCACUUGGAUUUUAUAUUCGCGAUGGCACCAGUGUAAGAGUGACUCCCCACGGGUUGGAAAAAGUUCCUGGCAUUUUCAUCUCACGGAUGGUUCCUGGGGGGUUAGCCGAGAGUACAGGCUUGCUUGCGGUCAAUGAUGAAGUCUUGGAAGUGAAUGGGAUAGAAGUGGCAGGAAAAACCCUUGAUCAGGUGACGGAUAUGAUGAUUGCCAAUAGCCAUAAUCUUAUCAUCACAGUCAAGCCAGCAAACCAAAGGAACAAUAUUAUCAGAAGCAGUCGGAUGUCUGGGAGCUCUGGUCAGUCUACAGACAGCACUGCCAGCCAUCACAGUUUGCCUUCUUCUCAUGUCCUGCAGAACUUCCACCCCGACGAAAUGGAGAGCGACGAGGAUACUGACAUCGUAAUUGAAGGCUGCCUGGAACCACAGCCCAUUCCAAAAUCUCACAGUCUUCCUUCUGGUAGCCUUUCCCGAAUCAAUGGCAACAGUCUUAGCCACAGACUACAGAGAGACCUAGUAUUCAACAACAGCUUUGGACGAGAAAGCAAUGGCAACAUUCACAAAAUCCUUAGUUCCUUAAAAACUGAUCCUCGUCAUAGUUUAGUUAUUCCCAAAGGAGGCAUUGAAGAGGAUGGAACUGUGAUAACACUUUAGUGGGUGCUUUGAGAUUUCUUUCUUUCUGGAAGUGCCUACUGGAACAAUUCAACCUACAUGCAGAAGAGCGAGAAUCAUCUCUCAUAGAUGUUCUGAUGUGCAAGAUAUGUUACUUUCCAGGAAGGACAAUUUUUGUGAUUAGACAUAAAAGUAUUGUCUGGUGUAACCCAUGGAAAUUGUAAAUAUGAUUUCUGCUUCAUCAAUUAAUCUCAGAGGAUAACAAUUAUGUUAUCUUCCAAAAAGUUAUUUUCUGCCACUAGGUAAUUGUUUCCUAACUUUUUUACACAGAAAAUUGACUAUUGCACCUAAAUUUGGAAAUGCUGCCUUUAAAGAAUGGCUUUCUAUCUUGACUAUAGUUGAGGGCAUGCUGUAUUUACUCCUUCCCCUCCCCUCCUUUGGGAAUGAAAUGUUGACCAAAUGACUUUGUAUAUGUCUGUACUGUAUGUAUAAAAUUUUACAUGGGUGAGGAAUUGCUAUUGCUGGAAUUAUUUCUUUUUAAAUCAGCACCCCCUGCUGGUCUUUGAUAGUUCUGUCUGCAUAAACUUGAGUUUUCUGUAUUUGAAAAAGUUGCAGCACGAACGCUAGUUUAUUAAUGCACCACAAUAACAUGGGAUGUGCAUUAUAUUUUUAUUAUUAAAAUAUUUAUUAGACAAAUGCUCCCAUUUUUGUGACCAUUGAUUUCACUUUCUGAUUUGCUGACAGUAUUGAAUAACUAGAACUUAGAAUCCUAUUACGUCUAUGUUCUAAGGCAGGGGUGUCCAAACUUGGUCCCUUUAAGACUUGUGGACUUCAACUCCCAGAGUCCCUCAGCCAGC